GUAAGUGUCAGUCAGGCGGGGAGCGCGGCGAGGGACGCAGAGCCGGCGGCUGACGGGCGCGGGCCGCUGCCUAGCCGUCCGCCCGUGAUGGAGUUCCUCCUGGGGAACCCGUUCAGCACCCCGGUGGGGCAGUGCCUCGAAAAGGCCACAGAUGGCUCCCUGCAGAGCGAGGACUGGACGCUGAACAUGGAGAUCUGCGACAUCAUCAACGAGACGGAAGAAGGGCCAAAGGAUGCCAUCCGAGCCCUGAAGAAGCGGCUCAACGGGAACCGGAACUACCGAGAAGUGAUGCUGGCGCUGACCGUGCUGGAGACGUGCGUGAAGAACUGUGGCCACCGCUUCCACGUCCUCGUGGCCAACCGAGAUUUCAUCGACAGCGUUCUGGUCAAGACCAUCUCCCCCAAGAACAACCCCCCCACCAUCGUACAGGACAAGGUGCUCGCCCUCAUCCAGGCAUGGGCCGAUGCCUUUCGGAGCAGCCCCGACCUCACGGGCGUCGUGCACACGUACGAGGAGCUGAAGCGGAAGGGGGUGGAGUUCCCCACCGCGGACCUGGACGCACUGUCUCCCAUACACACCCCGCAGCGGAGCGUCCCGGAGGUGGACCCAGCUGCCACCAUGCCCAGGUCCCAGUCGCAGCCGAAGACGAGUGCCGGCUCCUACUCUGCUCCUCAGGCCCCGGCUCUGAGUGUGACUGGCCCCAUCACAGCCAAUUCAGAGCAGAUCGCCAGGCUGCGCAGCGAACUAGAUGUUGUUCGAGGAAACACAAAAGUCAUGUCUGAGAUGUUGACAGAAAUGGUCCCUGGGCAGGAGGACUCGUCCGAUCUGGAGCUGCUGCAGGAGCUGCACAGGACCUGCCGCGCCAUGCAGCGGCGCAUCGUGGAGCUCGUCUCCCGCGUGUGCAACGAGGAGGUCACGGAGGAGCUGCUGCACGUCAACGACGACCUCAACAACGUCUUCCUCCGAUACGAGAGGUUCGAGCGGUACAGGUCGGGCCGAUCCGCACAGAAUGCCAGCAAUGGGGUGCUGAGUGAAGUGACAGAGGACAACCUCAUAGACCUGGGGCCGGGGUCUCCAGCCGUGGUGAGCCCCACCGUAGGGAGCACGGCGCCCCCGUCUUCCCUCUCCUCCCAGCUGGCGGGCUUGGACCUGGGGACAGAGAGCGUCAGCGGCACCCUCAGUUCCCUGCAGCAGUGCAACCCCCGGGACAGCUUUGACAUGUUUGCCCAGACGAGAGGGAGCUCCUUGGCUGAGCAACACAAGACGGUCACCUACGAGGACCCCCAGGCUGUCGGAGGACUUGCCUCUGCACUAGACAGUCGGAAACAGAGCUCCGAAGUGAAGAAAGGUAAAGAUGGGGACUCUGACCUGGAGCCCUUAGACAGCUGGCUCCUGGCCCGCGGAAUGGUCCCCGUGGCGCAGCCCUCUGUCAUGGACGACAUUGAGGUGUGGCUCAGGACGGACCUGAGGGGCGAUGACCUGGAGGAGGGCGUCACCAGCGAAGAGUUCGAUAAAUUCCUUGAAGAAAGGGCUAAAGCUGCCGAAAUGGUUCCCAACCUCCCCUCUCCCCCAGCGGAAGCCCCGGCCCCAGCCUCAAACCCCUCCAGCAGGAAGAAGCCAGAGCGCUCAGAGGAUGCCCUCUUCGCCCUGUGAGCUGUCCUGUGGUCGGGCUCCCCAGGUGGCAGGUCACCUCUGGCUUCCUGUCCCCACCAGCCCCACCCCCCCAUCCCCAGCCCCGACUUGGUCCUGGUGUCUCCAUGGAAACGCCACUGUGUUUGCUCCCAGGCCUCCCACCAGUGAGGGCCAGCUUUAGCUACCUUCUCUGUGGGCGAUGGGACGGUGUCAGUGCAGCCACAGCCCCUCGCCCUCGCCCUCUGCCUCUCCCACCCACGAGCACCCUCUGCGUUUCCUACCAGGAAGAGCUGGCAGCAGGGGAGUCCCUUUGGGACUGUUCCUGAGCCCUUCCUCUGCCACCUGCCCAGAGAAAGGGGUCAGACCCCAGCCCCUUCCCUCACCCCUGGGCCUCUGCUUGGCUCAGCAGUUCCCCCCGGCUCCCCCACCCCAGAAGCUCCCCUGCACCACCCCACCUCUGUCCCAGAAAGGGUGAGUCUCCCUCCCUGGACUGCUGCUCCCUGGAGAGUGUCGCACUUUAGAAGGCUCUGGGGGGCGCCCUCGGUGGGGUCUCUCAUUGAGCUGCUUGCCCAGGCCCACAUCCAAGCCGGCUCAGGAGCCAAGCCUGGGACCAAGGGGUCCCCCCGGGCCCGCAAGCUCCUGGUGUGAGGAGAGUGGGAGGGCAGUGCAUCACUCUGGCUGGCGGGCCCCUGGCUGGUCAGCUCUGCCUUGGUGACCACACUGCAGGCCCCGUGCGGUCGGCCAGUCCGUGGGGGGGCAGGCACCGGGAGGGCUGGCUCUGGCCUGCUUGGGAGCUUUGUGUUUGUGAAUGUGCUUCAGCCUGGCCUGUGGCAGCCUCUGUGCCACCUCCCAGGCACAGCGGCAGGGGGUUUGCACCACGCGGAGAUCCCAGUGACCUAGCAGCCUCUCUCGAAGAAGGCCCCUGCACUCUCCUGCAUGUGGGCCUCAGCCUCCCCUGCAGGCUGUCCUGACAGCCUGACCGCCUCCGCCCCACCCCCUCACAUCCUGGGUCCUCACUGUGUCACCGUCUCCCUCUCUGGUAGGGGCAGGCAGUGGUCCAGGCCCCCCCCCCACCCUAUGCUCUUGUCCGGCAGGGCAGUGGCUGCCUCAGCUGCUUUACUCCAGCUUGGGGGCCCCUGGCCCCGGGUCAUCGUUCAGCACAUGCCGCCCGAGCAUAGGGGCAAAGUUUGGCCGACUCUGGCUGUUCCUGGCCUGUGGUGUGGUCAGCCUUGCUUACCUGGUGACCCAACCUGGCAGACAAGGCUAGGCCUGACAUGCGGGCUCCAGGGAAGUAUUUAGGAUGAGGCUGAAGGGCCGUGUGCGGCACCAACAGGGCAGUUGCAGUGGAGGGUGCAGCCCUGCCCACGCCAGAACCCACACCCAGCCUGGCACCUUGCAGACUCCUCCAGAGUCGCUCGGGGUCUGGCUGGGACCCUCACUCUCCAGUCCUCAGAGGACGCCCAGAAAGCUUCUUCUUGGCACUCAGGUGACCUGACCCCAGCCCUGCCCCCGGCAGCACCUGCCAGGCCUGCACCAUCCCCAGCCCUGCUCCCGGUCAGCCUGCACCUCCCUCCUCAGCGUUUCCCAAGGGCAGGGCCCUGAGGCCAGCUUGGAUGCUAAGACAUCUGAAGUCGGCUGGCCUGACACCGGCUGCAGAGAAGGGGGCUGGGAUGGCCCGUGUGCCCAGCCCUAUGGCACAGUCUGGAGGGCGUGCCUGUGCGAGCGGGUACCUUGCCAGCCUGUGGGGAGGCAGCUGGGCCUCAGGUGGUCUGUCCUGCAGAGCCGCGGCACCCCUGAGCUAGGCCUGGCGUCCACUGAGGGAGGAGCCGGCCUGCUGCCCCUGAAGGGCUAAGCCCCAACCUGGAGGCUGAGAUGCCCUUGACAGGUGCUUCAGCCCUUCCUGUCCUGAGGCCGUAGACGCCCUGGGCCCUCGUGCUGGUACCCUUCCCUUCCGUCUGGGGUGCGUGGCCAUGAGGCUGCCUGCCUCGGACCCCUGGCCAGAGCCUCCCGCCUGGGAGAAGGAGACCCUCAGAGCCACCAGCCUCCCCUCCAGUGUUAGGGAUCACCGAUACAGUGUGUUCUUAAUUACACUAAAUCAUCGCUGGGAUUCCUUAUAAGCACUAAUUAUACCUGAUUAUAGGUUAAACUAUUUAUUUUGUCAAAAUAUUUUCUUGAGGAUGUGUUUAACCUUUUCUGUGUUCUUUGUGUGCUGAGGUGUGAAAACUAACCAUCUCCCGUCUGCCUUUCUGGCCAGUGGGCAGCAGCAGAUGCACUGUGUGCAGUUCCCCCCGGGGCACCGGUGGGCCUUUGGCCAGCCUGCCCCAGAGCAGCCCCCGCCGGGGCCCCCAGGCACCAAGCAGGCCGAGCAGGCUGGGCCCAGCCAAGACCCGAUUGACCUCCUUGUCGGCGGGACAAGGGGCCACAGAGCUGAGCGGUGUGUUGCUGGCCCACGCUGGAGGGAAAGGGGACUGUCGUCCGUUGUCUGUCCUCCUGUCGGUCUGUCUGUCAGCCCCUCUGUGUGAGCGACCAUGCUGUCUGCCCUGGACCGGGCCCUGGCUCACCACCCAUCCCCUCCUCACCCAGAAGUGCAGAGCAGGGGGGCCUAGGGAGGCGUGGGGCCUGCGCUGUCACUCAGGGCCUCAGCGGGAGGGUGGGGAUGAGGGCUGGGUGGCCGGGUACCCACACUCGGGCUCCUCCUCCUUCCUGCCACUGCACCCCCACUUGGCCUCUGCACGCUUCUAACUCAGUCAGGCACAACCUUCUGGAUAGUUGGAGGGGGCUCAAGCCAGCAAGGGAGAGCUUCCAGGAACCCCGCGCCCUCCGCCAGCCUGUGAGUCUCUGCCCUGCCUGCUGUCAGGACUCUGGUCCUCUUGUGGGUCCCCUACGUGGGAAGAGCCAGCUUCACCACCCAGGCUGUGUGUGUGGGCCCAGAAGACGCCCCCGCAGUGCCCACCUCUCCUGGUGCCCAGCUCCCACCCUUCCUGUGCUUGGGGCGCCCAGGGACAGCUGUCAACCUGGAGUGUCACCACGUCUCUCCAGGCGAUCCUGGAGAACGGGAGAUGGAUAUUUAUUUCCUCAAGUUUGCACUUAAUUUGUGAGGGUUCUCAGGUUUGCUGUCUGGCUGCCCCCAGCCUAGCGCUCCGUCACUGUCCUGUGUCUCUUCGGGCGGGGCCGGUCUGGAGGGCGGGUCAGCGGCACCAGAGCGGCCGCCCAUCUGCUGCCUCUGCUGCCAGAUAGUGUCUCUCUAGUUUGGGACCCUGCAUGUGAAAUACUCCACAAUAAACAAACAAACAGAC